CCUAUUAAUAAUGUUAUGAAAGGGAAUAAACUUUAUGAAACUAAUAACCUAUAACAAAACGUAACUAACUGAGCAUUGGUAACAAACACAUUAGCUAUGCGAAUCAUUGAGAAAAAAAUUUAAUAAUACUUAUAAAAAUAUUAAUAAGGUGACAAUUAAAAAUUACAAACUGAUUACAAAAUCCUUAAUGAUAAAUUAUUAUUAAUAGCUCUGCAAUCGUUGAUAGGUUACAUAGAAACGAUAGGUUACAUAGAAAAUGUUAACAAUGGAAAAGGACGUUAAUAAUGUAUUAAGCAAAUGGUGGAUCUCCGAUCCUUCAUUGCCGGAGCCGCCUCACGGAAGAUGAUUCCUCCCAGUCGCCUUCAGCCAAUGGCUCGGCUCGACGAUCGCUUGCAACGACGGCUUUAUGUGACGGAGGCGUAAUAGGGCUGGGCUGGUGGGAGGGAGCGGAGGUGAACGACCGGCGGAAACGAUGAUAGAGAGAGGAGUCAACGACCGCCGGAUUUUUGACGAGAGAGAGAGGUGCAGCGGUUUGAGGAAACGGGAUAGGGUUUCGAUUUCCAUUUCCAUUAUUAAUAUCAUUAAUUUUUAAUAUAUUCCAUUCAUGUCUUUAUAGGUAGUUAUCCAAUGAUUAAUAAUGAUUAUCUCUCUCCUUUUUCUAUUGGCUGGAAUAGGUUUAAGAUCCUCCUCAAGAAAGGAGGCUUAAGGACCGGAUCUGACCCGUAAUACGAGACGAUCAACUAUCGCACAGUGGUUAAGGAACAUAUAUUCAUCGAAGUAGGAUAUGCCUGAUGAAAAGUCUGGACUAGUUUGGCCCACCGACUGGACGAAAGUCCAAGCCCACUUUAUACCGACCACAACUUAAGGCCCAAGCCGAUGUCCAUCAUCUUUAUGGACAGCGGGCACGUGAUCGAAUUACGUGUACUCUCGCGAUUUUGGCACCGAAAAUAAAAUUAAAAAAAUAAGUAGCGCGUCAGGCGGCGGCAGAACAACCCUACGGGAAUCCGUUCACCAGGAAACUCGACGGUCGCCGUAAAUUUUCCUUACCUACGGCUACCACCGCCGCUUGACGGAAGAGGAGAAUAAGCGACGCCGCGGAAGCUCCACCACAGUCCACAGCCAUGGCGGUUCACCGGGAGGACUUAAUCGACGAGGAAGACAGCGAAGAAGAGGACAACGCCCUGUUUCAGGAAGAGAACACUGUCGACUUUGACCUCGACUUGUCCGAGCCUCUUCAGCCAAUCCUCUCGGCGGCUCGCUCCGGCGACGCCGAAGCUCUCACACAGGCCUUAGAGAAUUUUGAUGGCAACAUUGAUGAACCAUUGGAAGAUGGCGACACAGCUCUUCAUCUUGUGUGUCUGUAUGGCCACUUGAGCUGCGUCAGGGUGCUUUUGGAGAAGGGAGCCAAUGUAGAGGCUAAGGACGAAGACGGUGCAAUUCCUCUACACGAUGCUUGUGCCGGAGGGUAUACUGAGAUAGUGCGGGUUUUGCUAAACCAUGCAAGUGGUGAUGAGACUGUGAAGAGGAUGCUAUUAACAGUUGAUGAUGAGGGUGAUACUCCACUCCAUCAUGCUGCUAGAGGUGAACACACGGAGAUUGUCAACCUGUUGCUGGCUGCCGGUGCUCCAGUCACUCGGACAAACUCAUAUGGAAAGACUCCGGGCGAGCUGGCUGAGCCACAGACAGAAGCUAGGAGAAUCUUGGAAGCUGCUGAGUUGGCAGUGUGAGUAUUUUUUUCUCAAUCAAGCUUCCAUUGUGAAAGAUUUAUGGGGUACCCGAAGGAGAGUGGAUUGCAGUUCGAGCAUUGUCUAAGCGCAUGAUCAGCAACGAGCUGGAGUUAACCUGGAAUCACAUAUGCUGCGACCUGUACCUCCGUUAUGUUUGUUGAGUUCUUUUCUUUCUUUGUUUAUAUACUUUGAGAACCUUGAAUUCAGAAUUAGCUUUCGAGAUUAGAUUGACGGUGAAGAGAAAUUUUCUCCAUUGGUUGUUUGUUAGGAGUUGCUAGGCAAAAGGGCAUAUGUGAAUGUUAAUUUGAUAUUUGAAGUCCAACCCAAUGUGUGAUGAAGUUCCUGAUAACUCAGAACCAUUGUUCUUCAUGCUCAUACAAAGCAAACACGGUAUGCUAUCCCUCGAGAUGGGGUGGGAAACCGAUCCGCAAUUGAGCUUAAUCGAUAAGAUAUUUGAAUCAGAUUAGAUCGACUUUAUCACUGUUUUGGUUUGACUUAAAUCAGAUUGGAAUGAAUUGUUGCCCACCAUCAACUUGACAUGCUGGUGGCAAGUCCUAGGAAUCUCAUGAUUGAUGGAGUUCCAUGCCCACUCAACUGGGAAGGAACAAGCAAGAAACAUGAUUGGCAAUUGGCAUGCAUUAACUGAACCAAUGGAAUGCAUUGACCAAGAAGUAGAAUUCAUAGCCAAAUGUACACAAUCUAGUAUAUGUUACACUUCUUAGUCCACUCUCUAUCUCUAACUCCCUUUUUUCUGGCAAUGUUACAAACUAAUCAGAAACUCUCCAAAAGGCACCCUUGAAAUCACAAACAGAGAGAAAUAAAGAAACAAUGCCUGAUCUCAUAUACAUUAUUCAGUUUGAUGGAUUUUGGGUCAAAGUGAAUCAAACAUUCAACAACAAACAAACAACAAACCCAUUAUACAUAAAUCCAUCAAUCACAU